CACCAGAUCGUGAAGCUCUAGUCCAGCUACCCAAAGCUGCCAAAGACAAGAACCUGAGCAACCAUGCGAUUCCUCCACUCCUUGACACCCGCCCUCGCGCUGUUUGCGGCUGGUGCCGUGCAGGCCGCUUCAUCAUGGGGAUUCGACAGUGCCACUGUCUCGAUUUCUGGAAAGGGCAAAGAUGCCACCAAGGAGAAGCUGAGCCCAACUGCUCCUCUCAAGAAGGCCCUCUCUCUGGAGGCCAAGGACAGCCUCAAGGUCAUCCUGACGGCCAAGGAGGGCGACAAAGCUAAGCGACCGCACCAGGCCUUCCUGAUCCUCAAGGAGCCCACAACCGGCCUCGAGGCCCCCUUCCCUCUGGAGAUCAAGGACACCGGUCGUGGUGUCGUCGAUAUUUCCCAGAAGGACCUCCCGAUCCAGCUCCUCCUGGCUACCGAGCCCCUCAAGGCCAGCAUCGUCAUCGGCUCAUUCGGCUCCUCCAAGGCUCUCGAGACGACCCUUUUCAACGUCGCUGUCAAGCGCGAAGCCAGUGCUCCAGCCCCAGCCUACGAGCCUCCCGUCCGCUACGGCAAGCAACCCGAGAUCCACCACGUCUUCAAGGAGGGUGACAAGAGCCCACCCAAGAUCAUCUCGCUUGCUUUUGUCAUUGCCGUCCUCGCCACGAUCCCCGUGCUCCUCAUCGGCUGGCUCAACCUUGGCGCCAACUUCAACCACCUCCAAAAGGCUCUCUCCGCGGCGCCUCUCUCCCACGCUACCUUCUUCGGCUCCAUCGUAGCCAUGGAGGGCGUCUUUUUCCUGUAUUACUCCAGCUGGAACCUCUUCCAGACCCUGCCCGCCGUGGCCAUUGUUGCGACCUCCAUCUUCCUCAGCGGCACCAAGGCCCUCAGCGAGGUCCAGAGCCGCCGUCUCUCUGGCCAGCGGUAAAGGUCAUGCUGAUGACAUGUUGCACAUCAAAGAGGCACAUACUGUUUUAACGUAUGUGACGAGGGGCGGGUCUUAGAUGAAGGUUCAUCGGUUUCCGAGGAGAGAAGCUUGGCUUUUCGAUCAACACCAAAAGUUUCGAAGGAUUCAUACAGAAGCAGCGGUUUAGGAGGGGCCCAUCAUUGUACAUCAGCAUCAGGACAGCAUCUGGGCAUCUGAGGAUUAGAAAAGACCAGGGUGGAAAACAUUAAAGGUGAAAUGAACCAAAAAGGGAGGUAUAAAGACCGUCUACCUAACGCCAUACUCGCUCGGCCUAUGUGAACAAAGAGAACCGGAUCAUGUCUCAUAGCAGUUCGCUCCGCCUCAGGCUUUGUCGGCAUGCUUUUCAUCCCCUGCCAAACCCUCAACACUUCGCCUGGCACCCGCCGCCGCAGACUCCCCCUCCUUGUAAGCAGGAGGCGGCAAGUCCCCGCCCGUCGAAGCCCUCCGGUGCCCGUGCAAAUCCUCGACGCCCUCCUCCUGCCUCUCCCCCACCACCCCGCUGCUUGAAAUUCCCUGGUGUUGCUGCUGCUGCUGCUGCUGAUUCUGGUAUGGCCCAGCAACCACAUACGCAGCAGCGUAACCCGUCCCCCGGCCCCCGGCGAACCGCUGCGCCUUGAUGGCGUGCCGAACAGCCCUACGCUCGUGCCUCAUGGCCUUCCUCUCGAGCUUCAUCUGCCGGCCUUUCAAGAAGGGAAGCGCGACGGCGCAGAUUCCGCACGGCUGGUCGUUGGGCCCGGCGCUGCAGCCCGUGGUGGUGUUGUUCUCAUGGUGAGUCAUGGCGGCGCCGGUCUGGUUGUGGUUGUGGCCGUAGGGGUUGCGGCCGGCGGCGACGUGAACUAUCGUCGAGACGAGACCGGCGAUGAGGCCCAUGAUGGAUGGAACGUUGGACGGGUAUGUGAGGUGGGAGGGAGUGUUGAAGGGGAGUCCCAGACGGGGGAGGUUUCUUCCGUUGUUGUUUGGCUGUACAGUAGACUGUUGUUUGUUCUAUAAGUCUCCGGCUCUCUAAAACCUGGAGCGUUUGCUUGAUGAUCAAUGCUUUUCCAUACGACCCAGAUCCAAAUGUCCCUUCUCGCAUCAGGACACCUCCCCUACUUUAUAUUCAUGUGUGCCUGGCGCACUUUCACGGGCUGCUCGCUACAGGAUCCUCCCACGAGUCCAUCACCCAAAAACAUGCCGCCCUCAAAGCACUAAGCUUCCCAAUCGGGAAGCCCAUUCGAAGAGGGCGCGGAAGGCCAAGUGGGGCGUCCCCGGCACUGACGUGCCGGAUCUGCCCAAGCUGCCAUUCAGCCCACCUCGAAUCAGCUGGCGAAAUCAUUGCUCCCCAGGCCUCAAACGACGAAGCGGCUAGGUCCGCAAGGACGCACGAGGGCUGAGCAAGCCACGUCCACUUGCCAGUCCCUCCAUUCGCAACCGAAUCGUACUCGGCUGGCUGCCCAAUCAAUCAGCAAUCAGCAAAGUACCAGGGGGCGGCGUGAGAACGAGUAGCGUUGCCCGCGCGGGGGCAAUGCAUCUGGAGGAGGAGGAUUGGGGAAAAGUGCUUUGCUGGAGCCGGCAACUCCGACCGAACCAAUGAUGAGCGCGUUCAGGACAACACACGAAGGCUAGUGAUAUAUGGAUGCGAAGGAAUAUGAACAAGGCUUUGGAUAUGGAAAAGUGAGGCCGUCGUAACCGUCCGGCGCCUAUGCUAUUCGUGCGUUGGGGCAUUCACGAGGGAGGCUCGUUUAUACUCAUGUACUCAAAAAGAAGCAACUAAUCAAACCACAUAACGUCAUGCCUCUAUCCUCGUUUCGCAUGCUGCUGCUACUGCUGCUGCUUCACAAACGUUCCAUUGGAGGCGGCUAUGAGUUCCCACCAAGCCCGCAUCAGGGCCAUGCCGCCGUUUUGCGUCUCCGGUGUUCUACCCCGUCCGCGGUCGUUUGGAUCGCCGCUUGUCAUCGUCACCGCCGCCGUCCUCACUCGCCGUUCGAAGCCAUUUCCGUUUCCGUCAGUUUCUUCUUCGCGCGGUCCCUGUCUGCUUAAGUCACCGAGGACAUGCUGUCUGGACUGUUCCCGACCACCAGCCAACACAUAGCUCCUUGUCUGAUCCUUGCGUGCCUUGCCGUUCGGGGCCCACACCUUGUCGGGGUUGCCGUCAGCCCACACGCCGUCGUGCGGAAGGCCGUAGUUGCGGUAGUCGGUCACAUUUGGCGCAUUGUGGGGAAUGCCGUCCGUCUCCAUCGUCGGCAAUGCAUUCUGGAAUACCCCCGCUCCCCACCAAGCGCCAAAUCGGCCUUCUUGGUCCCUAGUCAAUAAAGCCGACUUGGCGUUGUGCUGGACCCAACCCAGAUAGGCCUGACAGGCCGAUGCGUGAGCAGUCUUGACCUGAUCGUACGCCUGAGCGUUGACAGUCAUGCCAGGCUCAAUGACGGCUGGGUCGAUUGGCUGGCAGAACGUGAUGAAAUGGUGGAAGAAAAUGCCCUUGAAAGUUUGUCCAUCCUGCGAGCAGGUGGCGCUGGCGUCGCAAGAGUCCUCUAUAAUGCCUCCACGGCCCAGCCCUCGCCAGGGCGGUAAGUAGCCCGGGGGAAGGUCCGAAAGGUCGUCGACUGGCUGAUCAAGCUUCAAAUCCCAGCCCGAAGCCUUGAUGACCGCCUGGAUCAGUCUGUGCCCGUCUUCGAGAUAUGAUGCGCUGCCCGUUGCGGUGAAGAGACCACGCUGGCCAGUAAGAAGCACACCCUGGUUGUAGGUAAAGACAGCUUCACUGCGAAGGUCACAUCGAGUGUUGCCCUGCUUCGACCUGUCCACGUGGUAUCCAUCAACGUAGAGGCCUGCAUCGUUGGUCAUGUUGACUUCGGUGAUCCACCUGUAGCCCUCAAUGGCGGCGGCAAGGUACUUGGGCUCUCGGGUAGCUUUCACACCGCUUGCGCUGUUGAUCCAUGGGGUGGUGUUGUUGUCGCCGGGGAACCAGAGAUACAUGGAGAUCGAGGCGGCGAUCCAUAGCUCGUUGGUGAUGGCGUUCUUGUACGGUUCCAAUCUCGGGUUCCAAUUCAUGCCACCGCCGCAGAGGCGUGUGUCCCAUCCCUUUGAGCCGAGAUCCCAGAAGACGCGGGCUCGGUGAGCAAAGGAAGGGAUCCAGUAUUGUCCAUGCCAGGGGCCGUUGGCCAAUGCGUCUCCGAGACCUGGAGUUGCGCUCUCGUUGAGCCCCUCCCGAGGGUAGAACAGUCCGGAGUGGAUAUCGACGAACUUGAUAGCAUCGAUCCAACCGAGGACAACCCAGAGAAUAUCGUCAAAUGCCUGGUGCCGGAUUGCGACAUCGUCUUGGCCAAAAUAAGAGGCCACAAGCUGGGUGAAGAAAGUGUCAAUCAAGUUUCUCUUCGCGCCCUUUUCACUCGCGCCCCCGAAAUCAAGCACGGCCAAGGCCUGCGAAAGCGAGGUUAAGGUGCCAGACAGCAUCGUCUCCAUGACGGCGGCGGUCCAGUCAAUGGCUUCGGGCCAUGUCCCUUGGUCCGACAUGAAGAAAUCAUGUUGCAUAACCGUCAAGGCCUCAAAAGCGGCCUCGAGCGGCUCGUCUUUGGUCUUGGAUGUAUCAGCAGAAGGCUUUCUUGCUGCUUGCGGGGCUGCCAGAAAGGUCGUGGGCUGCUUCGGUUCGCAAUCGGUCGGCGGCUGGGCUUCGGGGUAGAAGAGGGAGCAGAAGGCCGUGGGUGCGUUCGGAGAAGGCGUCGCAACGAGUGCUGCGGCACAAGAUGCCAGAGCAAGCGCCGAAAGGCAUGCCUCUGGUAGUCGGAAAGAUGUUCGUGUCAUGGUGGUGGCGUCGAUACUACAGCGAGGUUUCUGGUUUGGGGGGGAAAUAAUCGAGCAACAAGCUCUCGAGAAGGCCGCUCAUGUAUAGCAGCGCUCUGCCAUGUUCAGAAGGAUUUCGUAGUCGGCCAAACAAGGAUGGGCGGACGAAGGGAAGUAAAAUGGACGAGCAGGCUGAAUCAAGUAGUGUGCAACAACCGACGAUGGGAGCGACGGUGCAGAAGGCGAUAGUCAAGGGCGGAAGGGAGCCGUUGAAGGACAAGCUGGAAACGGCAAUCGGGCGAGAUGCGGGAUGGAAGCGAAGGACGCCGCAGUGCUCGUUCGACGAUGGAUGGCCGAUGGACGGGGCGAUGGUGAGGCCAGGCCAAGCCCACCUUCGCACGGCGAGAUCCACCUGCACGAAGCAAAUGGACCCCCUCAAAGUGGUCACAGAAUGGCGCAGCCAGAGAGGUCAGUGGUCAGUGAAUGGUCACAGACUCAAAGUGGUGGGUGGCCGGUCUCCUUGGGUCUG